AUGCUGUCCACCCUACACUGUUUGGGUGUGUGUGCGGUCUUAUUCUUACUGGCCCCGCCCACCACAUCGUUCUCCGGUGGUGCAAGCCACGCCUCUUGUCAGGAAAUGAUUCCCAGCCACAUCCGUGCUCACUCUCAGGACUCGCAGCACAGACAGGUCACCAUACGCACGUCUGCCUCUUCCUACCUCCCUGGACAGUUUAUAACAGUAAUGGUGCGGAGCUCUCGGGACUUCAUGGGUUUCCUGCUCCAGGCACGCCGUGCAGAGGGUACCUUCAGCAAAUUUGGAGGAAGCUAUGGGGUCACGCCAUGGCCCAAAACCGGAGCUGGAAGUGGUGUCAGGAAGUCCAGGAGACGGGGCCCGUUGCUGGUGGGCGGCUCCUGGAUCCUCACACCUCCUGGCACCCACACUCUGUGCUGCCUCUCGGAGGGUGACACUGUCACACACUCGGACAAACAGCUGAAGAGAAACCUCUCGUUUGUAUGGAGGGCUCCUGAUUCACCAGUGGGAGACAUACGGUUCUACAUCACGGUGGUACAGUCCUACUUUGUUUACUGGGCAGGUAUUGAGUCUGGACUGGUGCGUGACGCGGGUCGUAGGCUUUGGAAUGGGAGUAACACAACUAGAGUGAAUGGAGUGAGUGCAAUUUCCGCACUACUGCAAGACAAAGUUACAGCCCUGCCAACUCUCAGAGCAUUUAAAGCAUCAAAGAAAGAAACAAAUGCGACAAAUAGACCAGAUACUACUCUACAACUUAUUACGAGAAAACAGAAACAAACUCCAUCCUCAGAGUCUCUCUUUAACCCACUGCUCUUUACACUGAGGACUGACCAAACUCCCAUACUGGAAAAGAGUCACGUGGACCUUAAGUCUGACGCAAAGAUCAGAACUACGCACCCAGUCUUUGCUCUGCCCUCAGCCACUCCUUCCCUUUCCGCUUCAUCUUUCUCCUUCUCCAAUACUUUGCCCCCUACAGUUAACGAUAGGUCUACCAAUUCUCCUCAUUCUUCUGGAGGUUUACCCCUUGUAACUAUGCGUCCAUCCAUUAGGUCUACAUUUGUCAUCCCUUCUUCCUUCACGAGAAACCAACUGACAACGUCAUCAGCUCGUUUUGCUCUCCCCUCCCCUUCUCCAAUCUCCAACCCCCCUUAUUUGUCAUCUUCUCAACCUACCCCCACUUCCCCACAGCCAUCCUCCUUUGCCUCGUCUACUAUACCCUAUUUAUAUACUUCUAACCAUCCAUCAUCAGAUCUCUUGUUUACUCCAGCUCCCUUGCCUACCUUUACCUCUUCCCAGUGCAUCACAAAUUCAACAAAUUCUUCCAUUUCUUUUGUUUCUUCCACCACUUCAUCAAGCUCGACCUCAGCAACUUCUUCCUCCUAUCAAGGUACCUCUUCUUUUUAUAUCCCAUCUGUAACCUCCCCGCCUGCUGCCCAGGAUACCUCCCUUCAUUCAGGACCCUCUCCAGCUCCCCGUCGCUCUCUGUACAACCUCUCCAUGCCCUCGCCUUCCCAGAAACAUACUGAAGGUCACACUGCAUCAUCUGAUCCUGAUCCAAGUAUACACCCACCAACACCAAGAACAGACAUUCAUCCAAACCCCAAACCCCACCCUAACAUCGAGGAAAAUCUUGGCCACGAGUUGAAACCAAAGCUUCCAAAUAGUGAUGCUAAACAUCCCUCCAGUCCUCCUGCAACUCCAGACAAGGAAGGGAAAUAUCCAGACGUACGCAGACACAGUGCCUGGGAGCUGGGCAUGCUGCUGGGCAGCUCAGCUGGUUUGGGUAUGGUACUGGUGGUUGGAAUAAGGUACUUGUACCGCCAGGCUUGUGGAAAACGGACAGCGGUGACCCUGAACGAUCGGGAGAGAGAGUAUGGGAGAGGAGAGAUAGGACUGAUCCACGUCCAGGAGUGUGGAGAUUUGGUUAGAGUCCGAAAAAUCAGAGAGAACAGCUUAGUACUUCUGGCAGAGUAUGAUGUACUGUCACCACCUGGAGAGAGAAAUGCCAGCUGCCAACAAAGAUGCUAG